AUGAAGCUAUCCGCGGGUCUUUCGUUUCUUUCCCUCGCCGCCCUGACCAGUGCCCAGGCGCCUAUGAGCGUCUAUGGGUGCUCCGGCCGCGAUUUCACGGGAACCUGCCAAACCUUCACCUGCCCGUACCAGGACUGCUGCCAGCUGCCCAGCUUCUUCCAGACCAGCCUCGUCUCCGUCAGAUCGACCGGCUCGUACUCGUUCCGCCUCUUCACAGACGCCGGGUGCGCGUACCACUGCAACGACAAUGACAACGGCAGCCGGCUAGUCGACGCCGAAGGUUGGGGCAACAUUGGCGCGGCCGCUUAUGCGUGCGUCGACGGUCCUUACUAG